AUGAUGGGAGGAUUAUUUUGUUAUCCAGCAGAGAAAUCAUAUACACUUAACAAUAGAAAAUAUACUGUAUCUAGACUACUAGGUGAAGGUGGAUUCUCUUUUACAGGCAAUAGAGAAAUCUCUAUAUUUAAAAAGUUUGAUCACCCAAAUAUAUUACGAUUAAUCGAUCAUGCAACUAUUAAAUCAAAAACUGUACCGGAUGCUCAGGAAAUACUGAUAUUGAUGCCUUUCAUUAAGGAUGGCACUCUACAAGAUAUAUUAGAUAGACAAAGAACCGUUCAUGGUAAAGAGUGUACUACCAGUGUAUUUAAUCAACGACAAUCACUCACAAUGUUUAGACAGAUAUGUGAGGGCAUAGCACAAUUUCAUCAUAGCGAUCCACCUCUUGCACAUAGAGAUAUCAAACCAGGCAAUGUUUUGCUAGCAGAUAGUAAUAAUAACAACAACAACAACAACAGUAGUAAUAGUAGUAGUAGCAGUAAUAAGAUACCUAUUUUAAUGGAUUUUGGAUCGACUGGACCUGCAAGACUGACGGUUACCUCUAGAAAACAAGCAUUGGAGAUACAAGAGGAUGCAGAUCAACAUUCGACACCUUUAUAUCGUGCACCAGAACUCUUUGAUGUUUCAUCAGACUGUCAGUUAGAUGAAAGAACUGAUAUCUGGGCAUUGGGAUGUUUGCUCUACUCAAUGGCAUUCAACAAAUCUCCAUUUGAAUCGUCGUCGGAAGAUAAAUCAGGUAGUAUCGCACUCUCUGUAAUCUCUGGUCAAUUCGAAAUACCAAAAUCACACUCAUUCUCCAAAGAGCUGAUAGACUUGAUUAGAUCAAUGCUACAACUUAACAUCCAAGAUAGACCAUCUAUCGAUCAUACUCAAAAGACUAAAAAAAAAAAAACAGUUAAAUCAUCCACACUUGCUAACAACAACAACCGAUAA